AAAAAAGUGAAGUUGGAAAUAAAAUUUUUAACGUGAAAAGAGAAAGAAAAAAAAAUUUUUUUGCGAUAUUUUUCAUAGCUUAAACAAAUAAGUUAUUUGUGUUCAAUAAAAAAAGAAAAAUAAAACAAGAAAGAUGGCAAAGAAUUAUGAGGAAUUUCGUAUUCAUGGCAAACAAAUGGUUGACUACAUUUGUGAUUAUGUGAAAAAUAUGGAUCAGAAAACAGUUGCACCAAUAACAGUUGAACCCGGAUUUCUUGCACCACAACUUGCCAAAGAAGUUCCAGAAUUACCAGAAAGCUUUCAGGAAAUUUUGGGUGAUUUUGAAAAGAAAAUUAUGCCAGGCGUUAUGCAUUGGAAUCAUCCAAACUUUUUUGCAUAUUUUGGAGCUGGAAAUGCCUACCCUUCAGUUUUAGGCGAUAUGUUAAGUUCCGGAAUAGCAGCUAUUGGAUUUUCAUGGGCCUCGUGUCCUGCACUGACAGAAUUGGAAACAAUAAUGCUCGAUUGGUAUGCAAAAGCAUUAGAUCUUCCAGAUUUUUUCCUCAGUAAAAGCAGUAAUUCAAAAUCUUUGGGUGGCGGUUCCAUUCAAUCAUCCGCAUCAGAUGCUAUUUUUGCAUGCAUGUGCAGUGCUCGUGCACGUGCUAUUAAGAAGCUUAAGGGGGAUAAUCUUGAGAUUCAUGAUAGUGUAUAUUUACCACAAUUAGUAUGUUAUGCUUCGUCCGAAGCACAUAGUAGUGUUGAAAAAGCCGCAAAAAUGAACUUGGUCAAGUUGAGAGUCAUUGAGCCUGAUUCUCAUGAUUCAAUGCGAGGCGAUGCUUUAGAAAGGGCAAUUGAGAGAGAUAUUGCACGUGGACUAACACCGUUCUUUGUUGUUGCAACACUAGGAACGACAAGUCAAGUGGCAUUUGAUAACUUAGUGGAAAUUGGAGUUGUAUGCAAGAAAUAUCCAUCAUUAUGGUUUCACGUUGAUGGUGCUUAUGGGGGAAAUUCUUUUCUCGUACCAGAAAUGAGACGAUUUAAAGCAGGAAUGGAGUAUGUUGAUUCAUUUGAAGUGAAUCCUAAUAAGUUAAUGAUGACAGCUUUUGAUUGUACAUGUAUGUGGGUUAAGAAUGUUCUAACCUUCACAGAGGCUUUUGCAGUUGAUCCACUUUAUCUGCAACAUCAGCACGACACAUCAGUUGUUGAUUUAAGACAUUUUGGCACUCCUUUAAGUCGUCGAUUCCGAUCGCUUAAACUGUAUUUCAUGUUUCGAAUGUACGGAUUGAAAGGACUACAAGGUUACAUAAGACGAGUCAUCACUAUGGGCAAACAUUUUGAGAAACUCGUGAAAACAGAUGAACGAUUUGAGAUAAGAAAUGAUGUCAUUCUUGGACUCGUGUGCUUUAGAUUAUUGCAUCCUGACGCUAUAAACCAAGAAUUUCUCGCUCGAAUGAACGCAUCGGGAAAAAUUCAUCUGACACCAGCCAAAGUUAAAGGAAAAUAUGUAAUUAGAUUUGUUGCUAACCAAGAGAAUUGUAAUGAAGCACAAAUAGACGGUGCAUGGAAAACAAUACAGCAAUUCGCUGAUGAGCUCGUCGGAGAAAUUAAACCUGUUGAAAAGAAAGUUCGUCCAAGGCUCAAGAAAUUGGACCGUACACAUUCACAGCGUUUCUCAUUCACCCGAAAUGUAUCGCAAGAAAUCUAUGAACGACAAUCAAGCAUACAAAAGCUUAUGGAUGGAGCAACACCAAUUGUUGUUAUUGACACAAAUGAUAUACUUUUGAGCCUCCAGAAAGCUACUUUGCAAAAUAAAGAGGCACAAGAAAGAGAGAGAAUAGACGAGCAUCACAGCAAAUGUAAUGGAACUAAUGGAGCUUAAUUUAUCUACAUAUUUUAGUAGUGUUACGAUAGUAUUAUAACAUAUAAAUAUUUAUUUAAUGUUGUCAAACGUCUCUCUUUAAUUUUAUUUUAAUAAAUAUUUCUAUUGACUUA